AUGAAUAGCUAUUUAUUUUUUAAUAAUACAAAUAUAAGAAAAAGUGUAAAUUUUACAAGUUUUUUUUAUUUAAAUAAAAGAGGAGUCCUUCAAUCAAAAUUUCAAAAAAAGAAUGAUAGCUCGUAUAAUUUGCCAUUUAGAGUAAGUAGAACUACUUCUGGAAAUUUACCAGUAUAUCCCAAAAUAAGAAGACAUGGAACAAUAGUUACAACGAUUGUCCGACAUAUUUAUGGAGAUAUUAAAGUAUUCAAAGAACAUUUAAGGAAUAUAUGUGAAGCACCAGUUAGAGAACAUGUAGGAUAUAUUGAAGUUAAAGGAUUACAUACAUUAAAAAUAAAACAGUGGUUGCAGCAUAUUGGGUUUUGA